AGAAAGAUGUGUUAGAACCAUGCAUCUUAUUUUUACCCUGUCACUGUGUCUCUCAAUCGUGCUCAUGACGUCAAUAAUAUCUCUGCUGUCAACAGUGAACGUUAAGGUUAAUGUACAAGAGACCAUGCCCACCAGGAAAUUGGAAACUGGAACCGAAGACAGAACCUGUCUUUGUUGCCCAUUUAUAAUAUGGGAUGAAAUUCCUGGCUACUUGCCGACUUCAACACGCACCAAAUUGCUAAACAUCGCUCAGCGCACUCACGGAUUAGAAACUGAAUUGGAGAACAGAGGGUAUUCAGACGGCCGCGGGUUCCUAAGUACAAGUGAACACACUCUGGAGUUCGCGAUAAGACUUGUGUUGUCUUUAACAUGUUUCAGAAGUUUGAACAUGCUGGUAGCAACACUCAUAAUAUGUAAAUCAACCCACGCGUCCUGUCUGUACAAAAGAUGGAUGAGCAUACAGAAAGUUACCAGAUUGUUUUUCAAAAACCUGCAAAUCAACGGCGGCCAGGAAACACCAGAAUACCGAUUUACAUCAAAGGAAACUGAACAAAUUCCUGUAACUCCCACGAAGCCGAAACUCUUACCGAGACAUUUCUUUGAACUACGAAAGAGAUUCACAUUCUUCUCGAUUAAACAAGUGCUGCCAGGAUACGAGCUAGGUCGUCAUCAUACCGCCAAGGGCGAAUCAUCCGAUGGUCAGAAAGGGGAAUACCGUUUCGAAGCCAAUCGCAUCAACAGCUUUAGGAAUUGGCCUCCAGCAUCUCCAGCCUCGUCGCUCAAACUUGCGCGAGCUGGUUUAUAUUAUACUGGAAAGGGUGAUGAAGUAGUCUGCUUCAGUUGCGGAGGACAUUUAAAACAGUGGCAAAAAGGCAACGAUCCACAGGACAAACAUCGCCGAAGCUUCCCAAGUUGCCGUCAAGCCAAUGGCGAUGAUCCCAGGAAUGUGCCGCUGUAUGAAAGGAGCUUCGACGAAACUUUGGCAGACGGUAUGACGGAUCCAUUUCCAAAUCUCGCACGGGAGCAGAGGUCACGCGAGAGUACCGGCAACAGCUCAUCCUCGUAUUACGGAAGGUUGGCAUCUGCUUUGGAAGCCUCUGAGUUUGGUUCGCAAAGUCCUACAGGCCGUGCUGCCAGACCAUAUGACGUGGAGCCAAGGGAAAUAAAAGCCAGAAUGGACACGGAAUUGGUACAGCUGGUUCUGGGACUUGGUUUCGAACGUCUGAGCGUUCAAAAUGCCGUCGAACAGCGGUUAAGGACCACCGGCGACGAUUUCCACAGCGCAGAGAGUUUGGUCGAGGCUGUUCUUAAUAUCACAGAAAGCAGACGACAGAGGGUGUCCCAACCGGAAGUGCCUGUUACGCCACCCCCACGUGAUUUGCCACGUGAGCAGUCACAGAUGCCAAAUGCAAGUCCUGAAGUCAAAGCCAGCGACCGUACUUGUAUGGACAAGUUCAAUUAUUUUAUCGUUAGCUUGUGUCUUUCAGAAUAG